AUGCCUUUCAUAAACUGGUUGUGUGGUUCUAGUAAAGACGAUGGAGACUUGGAGCCAAACUGCAGGCCUGUUAAAAAAGAAAGAACAGGAAAGACUCAUAAUGACAAAAAGAAGCAAAAGAAAGAAAAAGAGAAAAACAAUCGAAUACCAAAUACCUGUAAGCUUGUUUCUGAUGGAACUCUGCUGACGUCACCAGGUCCUUAUACACAACAACUGAUAGAUCUUAUACCUGAUUCUGAUCUUAAAGAAAAGUUUCUCAAAUUGCAAAAUGAAAGUAUCCAGGAACAAAAGGACAGACAAUGCAAAGAUUUGCAAAUAAGGAGAGAGCUAGAAGAAGUUAGACAAAGAUGUUAUAGGUCAGAGGAGAUGGAGCUUCGCUUACAGAAUGUCGUGAAAGAGCAAAGUAAGGAAAUUGACACUUUAACACAGAGACUUCAGGACUGUAAGGAGGAGUGCGAGUCUAUCAAACAGGACCUACAAGUAGCUAGAAAUAGCACUAAUCGAUUGGAAUUAUUGGUAAGCAGUCUCCAAGAUAAACCCAUUAUUUCUAAACAUCGUGAAGAUUCCACCAAUGGCCAGCUUGUAGAAGCAGUGGGAACACUUGUACAGUUACCAAGGAAACGCGGGGAAGAAAACCUGGAGAUUCCCGACGACGUUGAUGGAGCUGUAGAAGAGGUCAAAGCCGCUAUGCGUUUGCUUGAAAAUUUCAUAGGGCCUAGAUGGCAAGAGUUCGCCCGUCAAAUUGACCUACCUCAGGAAAUCAUAGAAAGGAACGAGACUGAGCAGCGCCACACAGAAAUCUACUGGAAAAUCAUGUCAGCAUGGCAGAAAAGAGAGGACGUCACUGUCACAAAAAUUGCUACAGUCUGUCAACAGCUCAAAAUAAAUAUCGGAUCAGACAAGCCGAUGUCAGGCCAACACAGACGUACACUCGACAAAAACCGUGAGAAAAUUGUUGAACAAGUCUGGCCGAAACCAAUGCUGACUCACAUGAUGAAGUAUCUGCCAAUACCCACCAGUCUCAGAGAAUACGUGACGUCAGCUGAUAGACAAUCUGUGAUGGUGGAAAGACUACUGGACAUACUGCCAGUUCUAGGGGAUCAUGCCUUCCCAGUCUUCUUUCUCGCACUAACCAACACGAACCACCAGCACGUAGCAGAUCUACUCAUGGAAAACCCGAUGCCCGAGGAACACAUACUAAUUCUGCGCAAGUUUGAAAACGUCCUGGUGAGCUGUAGUGAUUCUCAUCGAGUGGUACCAUGCAUGGCCAAGUACGUGACCAUUCCUGGCUGUAUCCAUGGCUACCUGAUGGAAGCUCUUACUAGAGAAAGUAAAAUGCGACGUCUGUUGGAAAUAUUACCUUGUUUCGGACACGGUGCUAUGGACGCCUUAAUUAAGGCACUAAGUGACACGGGGUUUAAACAAGUAGUCUCCAUCCUCAAAGACAAGACUGGAGAACUACAAAAGUUGACUAAGAAGGAAACUUCCACACAGAUGUCUCCAGAAGACGUGUGCGUUUUAGCCCAGGAACACAAAGCCCCCCUGACAGGUCAUCGACGUUCUGCAAAGUGUAGAUCCGAUUCUGCCGACAAUAGCAACACAAGCAAUGACGAUCUCCUUUUGAUGGACGACUACUAUUCACAGGAAAUGAUGACUAAGGAGAUGGAGGCCAAUGCGGCCAUGUUUGAACACAGCAUAGAACAACAGGUUGAAAUGAAUUUCGAAUGCCAAAAGCAGAUAGAGUUUCUGAACUGUAUGGACAAAUUGCAAGUCCAUUACAAAGCACGUGUAACUGAAUAG